UUUUUGUUAUGACUUAUGUCAAACUGAGGUAGCUAACCAAACUGCAAGUGCAAAGCAAAAUUAAUUUGUCAAAAUAUUAUAGUUACUCUAUUAAUCUAUCCGCCGUCUAAAAAUUUGUCUUAGUAUUUUUUGCUGAUUUUCUCCUUGUGCACUAUUUAUUUCAUAUAUAUAUUAAACUCUAAAUUAGUAUUAAAGUGUCAUUUCGUUUUGAUGUGGAACUCGUAAAAAUAUCAAGAGCUUGACCUGUGAGAUCCGUAAAUUUACCAAGUACCGACCAACUUUGAAGUCAAAACGAUAUUGUUCUUAUAAGAAUCUCAUAAGAUGUCUACCUCAUAGUAACAAAAAUACGGCAGUCCUUGACUUCUAUUCUAUUAGAUGGUAAAAUGAGUGAGGAACAAGAUGAUGGCAGCAAAAAGAGUACAUCAAUUUCUUCUGCUGAGGCAAGCUCUGUGGAAACAGAGUGUGGAGCCCAUGUCAAUGCUUCAACAAAUAUAUCACAAACUAAUAUUACACAGAUGACAGGAGCAGCACCAGAUAAUGCAAAGUGGCAGUGUGACAUGUGUACUUAUGAGAAUUUCCCACUCUCACGGAAGUGUACUAUGUGCCGGUCACCAAAACCCUGUCUCGGAGAAGAUAUUUUCAAACUACAGGAUGGUGCCAGUGCUCUUCCUAUACAAGAUACAUGUGGUGCUGAAUCAGUAGCUGAAAGACUGAAACCGCUGCGGAUAUCAUCUCCUCAGGGACAAGCAAGUGCCUCCUCUGUAACUAAGUGGUCUUGUGGUACUUGUACCUUCGAGAAUUGGCCUCGUUCGCAGAAAUGCGCGAUGUGCGGUGCUACCGCUCCACCUCGAACACAUAGCGACUUACAUGCACCAAGACCUACAGGUAUAAACGAUAUAUGUCAAAAUUCGUCCAUACAUGAGAUGGAUAAUAACGGACGUCGCUCGAAACGUAGAAAUAACACGGAUUGGAUGUGGUUACAGGCUUGUUUAGGUGUGGUAGAAGGUGACGCGCGUUGUGUGGAUGCGUACUUAGCGGCAGGUGGAUCACCAGCUCGAGCCUUAACUGCACCGGAAGUUGCACUACUCAAUAGAGCUUCCGCUUUCGAUCCGGGCCAUACACUGGUUCACUUGGCUAUAAGAUUUCAAAGGCAAGAGAUAUUAUCAACACUACUGUCUAGAAUAUCGGGCGGUGGACCUGGCUUGAAAAGAUCACCUUCAUAUGUUGCUCCUGAUCUAGCGUCUGCGAUAAGGCGUCAUAUAGCAAGUUGUAUUCGGCAUAAGAAAGGAAAUUUCCCCUGUCGAUAUAUUAAUGAAAUAUGCACUUUUUCGCUACCAGCGGAAAUAGAUGAAUUGCCCGCUGCGAUACAAGAGCAGCUAUUCGCUGAAUUAUUAGAUAAAGAUGCACAGCAAACAUUGGAAACGGAUACACCGCUUAUCAAUUGGAGCUGUGAGCUCACUGUUAACUUAGGGUCGCGUUUGUACGCCUUGUGGAACCGUUCGGCGGGUGAUUGUCUUCCCGACGCGUUGUGUCAGGCCGCGUAUGGCGUGUUCGAUCGCGCUAAUGUUUUGCGGGCUGCAUUGGCUGAUACUCUUCAUCAUGCGCACAGAAGUUUCUACGCUCGCUGGCAAGCCUGGGAACGCCUUCAGGCAUCCCAGCUACAAUAUGCUCCCGAAGAAUCCCAGCUUCGUGCUGAAUGGAGUCGGUUACUUGCUGCGGCCGCACGACCUGGUACGGCUUUGCAUCAGUUACAUGUGUUUGCGCUGGCGCACGUGUUACGUAGGCCGGUGUUGGUCUACGGCGUUGAUGUCGUCAAUUCGUUUCGUGGGGAGGCAUUAGGAUACGCUCGUUUUCAAGGUAUAUAUUUACCAUUGCUAUGGGAUGCGGAGUUUUGUUCAAAAUCACCAUUGUGCCUGGGUUACACUCGUGGACAUUUUUCCGCGCUUGUCCCGCUUGAGCCAUACUCGCAUCGGCACGAUUAUAUUUGCCGAGAACAGCAGGAUGAGGAUGGUGAGGAUAUGAUAUUCCUUCCACUUACUGAUUCAGAAGGAAAACUGUUACCCGUCCACUUCCUUACAUGUGAUGAGAUGGCAGACGAAGAAAGCGUAGUCCGUCGUUGGACGUACGCGUGCGUGACGGAAGGAGGCGUACUCGCGGCUAGACAGCGCGUGCACGCGCGGCCGUUGCUACAGGCGCAGAUGCUAGAAGAGUGGCUUAACCAUUAUAGGAGGCUGGCACAACAAACUCGUGGCCCUUUCCCUCCGCGACUUCAAACGGCUGAGUUUUCAAGCGACCCAGACACCGAUGAAGAAUAGGUCCAUAGACUGUAUGUUGUAUCAUUUAUAUGUUUUUCAAGUGUGUAUCCUAAAUAAAGAAAUACAUAUUUUAAUUUCUUCUAAAAAUUAAAAAAAAUGUAGGAAAUCAAUUUAAGUUUUUUUUGGAUGGGUUAAUUACUGAAAAGAGCAAUAUGUUAUAAUUUGCGUGAAACGGAUUUAAGAAAAAUAUAGUAUAUAAAUGAUACAACAGUUGCCACAAUAAUAAUUUUAUAAUUUGUCCAAACUUUCUCUAUCUGCUCGCAUAUAUAAAUUUCUAAAAAAUUUCACAUAUACUAAAAUAUCGAAAGUGAGCUCGAAAUGUAAACAAAAGCGUUGCUACAUUUUUUUUUGUAUUUCUACUAACAUAACAUAUAAACAACAUUUAAUACCAUCACAUAACAUGGUUAUUAAGAUUGUUAUUGCUUCGUAUAAUCUCUAAAUUAAAGAUUUUAGUCUCCUGUCAAUGUCAUCAUGACAGUUUGUUUACAUUUUGAUAAUAUCCGAUUCAUUGGUCAAUAGUUUCAGAUUAAUAAAAAAAUCUUAAUAUAGUGGUCUACUUCCUACGUUUAUUUUGUCAAAGAAUUUGUUUUAUUCCAGUUCAUAUUAAAGUAUUAAGCAUACGGAAUGUUAGUCAAUUUAGAAAUAAUUAGUUUUUUUGUCUCUGCGAAGCUGAAAAGAGAAUUCUUCAAUAGUCAUUUAUUUAAAUAGUUCAAAAAUGCAAUUAAAUUUAGUAACUUUUUAAUGGCAUCCAGUCUGUAUUAUAUUAACUUCGUUUAACAGUUGUAGCUUGUAAAUCUUCUGCUUAUUUGGCAAAAAGGGUCAUCUGACACUUUAAAUGUAAAUACUGAAAGCACUUCGUGAUAAUAAUUAUAAUGAAAAAAUAUUGAAACUGAAGUUCUUCCUUCGCACUAGGGAAGAAAUUAAAAAAAAUUCAAGAGAAAAUGCAUUGAAACGCUUUGAUUGUUAAGUAUUUUCUAAGAAACUUUACUAAAAAAUAUACUCGUUAAUCUUAGGUUUUUUCUGGUUUGGUAAAUGCUGGGACUUGUAUGAAAUUAAAGGUAUACAUUUUUAAUUGUGAAAUUAACGAUCCAAUUUAUGAACGUGAAGGGAGACAUUCGUUUCAAUAAUCAUGUUGAGAACGCUUAAAACACUAUUUAUUUUUACAGAAUAAAAUCUAUAUGAUAAAGAAAGAGUAAGGAUUGUUGGCUUUAAACAUUUAGUGACAAAGUAACACAAUUAAAAAAAAACAGAUUCUAUACAAUAUUAUUUCUACAAAAAACAUCUUAGUAACCUCGUUAAUAUUGAUUUUACCUACAAAUCAACUUACUCUUCCUAUAUCUGGCAACACUUUGCAACCGCUUUCAUUACGUAGUACAAUAACAGUAUAGCACUGUAGUUGGCAAUGGUAAGAAUUUUAUCAAGUUAUUACAUGGAACUACGAUUGAAAGAUUCGUAUUUAAAUGUUGUGUUUCUCUGAAACUAAUUGCCAACUAUUUUUACUUACAUAGAUAAUCUGUUAACAUAGGGUAUAUGCAAUAAUUUUAAUAGAUUUCUAGCCGCUUAGAAAGUUCUUAAUUACUUAGAAUAAUAAUUAGAAUAGAAACGCCAUUGACAUGUCAGUUGUUGCAAAGUGGUAAUUGAUAAUUAAGACGAUUAACAGAUAAAACACUGUUUUAUCGGAUUACAGAACAUCGAAGUAUAUAUUUUAUUAAAACCUAUUUACAAAUUGCCUUUACGUCAUUUCCACAGAAUAAACAAAAAUGUAUAUUAUAGUAUUUGCAACAGUUUUCAUAAAGCAACUUUUUAUGAUUGAUUAAUUUGGUAAUACCGCUCAAAAUUUUGAAUUUGUAUCAAUUGGGAUAAUGUUUUUCUUUUUGUAAGGUUGUUGGCAAUAUUUAAUUUGUCCUAUGCUUUUCAAAUUUGGUUCGUGACAUUUAUCCAGAAAAUUUUUAAGCUGGUCAAUUGCAUUCUAAAAUUAUCUUAGAGAAAUUAUUCUCUGAGGCCUUAAAUAUAAAAACUUUAGAAAAUUAUAUUGAGUAUUGUCAAUAGUUCGAAAAAUGACUGUGUGUGAUUAAUCUUUUCCAGACAGUCAUUUUAUUAUUCUUUAAACCUCUAAAAGAAUUGAAAUCUGUUUGUAAUUGAGUACUGAUUUGAUUCUAAAUUGUUUAAACGGAGAGAGUCUAAUAGAUAUUGUACAGAGAGUAUAAGUUAUAUUUAUAGUUUGUAAAUAUAUUGAAAUUGGCUUGCAAUGUAGUUGUAUAAAAAUGUAUAGGGCUCGAUUUUUAAUUUGGGAAUAGAUUGCGUAUUGUAGACUGUUUUUAUUAAGGUUCAGAUUUUAUAUCAACUAAAAACCAAAGACAUAAUCAGUAGGGUAUGAAUGUUACAUAAUUCGAAAUCACAGCGUUAUCGCUUGUACUUAGUAUUCAUUUGGAAAUUGACAAGUAUCUAAUAAAGAUUUCCGAUAUAAUUCUAAUACAGAUUAUAAAUAUAAAUAUUUUGGUAUUUAGUUUACAACGCGCAUCUUUUUAGAAAUAACAGACAAUUGAAAUCUAAACUAUAGUAGUCAAAUAUAAUUUAUGAAACAAUUAAAAUUCCUGAUUAUAAAUGAAAAGAAAUACAGUCUACAAAACGCACUUUUCAAUCCACAGAGUAUUUAGUUUUCUUUUUCAGUUAAAUAGAAAUUGACUUAAUAUAUUGUUCCCAAUUAGAUUUUACAAUUUCUCAUCUCAUUAUAGUUGUAUUAUUACUUUUAUAUCAAGUUGUAAAUAGGCUUUUGGGGUUUCUUUUCAAGUGUUGUUUGGGGUUUUUGUUAACAAACGUACAAUUUAAUUUUUAAAUUAUCUAUCUAUAAUACCAGCAGGUUUAAAUCAAUAAAGCACGCAUUUUACGAAGCGUU